AUGGCUUCUCUUGUUGGUGAUCGGAAUUCAGUCUUACAGGGCACAUGGGCCCUUGGGGCCAUCGCAGUCAUCGUGGUGGUGCUUCGGAUAUUUGCAAAAGCCAGGAUUCGCCAUAUGGGAUUAGACGAUGUUGCAAUGAUUAGUUUCGCCCUCUCCGCAUCGAUAUUCUUCACAAUCGCACUUGACUACGGCUUUGCAUCCGGUCGUCCUGGAGCAGACGAGGUCCUCGCUCUUGAAUACUAUGUCCUAAUGGAGGUUUGUAGCGUCAUAAGCACAUGUCUAGGCCGGGUCGCGUUCAUCCUAUACCUGUUGCCAGUUCUUGCAACGAGGAAAUCCUUCAAGAUCAGCCUAUGGAUACUGUUUGCGAUGCAAAUAGCGGCAAACCUUGUAAUAGUUGUCCUCAUCUUAUCUCAAUGCCACGAUAUCCGUGGGGUUUGGGAUCCCAAAUACGCCACGGACUGUAUGGAAGACUAUAUUCAGGUCUAUUUUGGUUACUUCCUCUGCUUCUGCAACUCCACAACAGACUUGCUGCUAGCAGUCUUUCCGUCUUAUAUCUUCUGGGAUCUUAAGUUAAAGCCGAUGAUCAAGUUCAGCCUUAUGAUACUCACAAGUUUGGGCAUUGUCGCAACAGUCGGUGCUAUAAUGAAGGCUGUAUAUCUCCGACAGAUCUUAACCUGGGAUAGUACAGCCAAUGCGAUAGAGCUCACCUGCUGGGCUAUGAUCGAAUGCUAUCUUGUCAUUAUCUCCGCAUCGGUUCCCUGCCUUCGUUCGCUAGUUAUUUCUUCCGUGCGCCAGUUGUUCGCAAGCGAUAAGUCGAGCAAUUUUCCUAUUACUUCAUUGUAUAGGAAUGGAACAGCAAGCCAUCAGCGCGCGACGAAUCGCGUACAAACCAAUCCCGAGGCCUCUGGGAGUAGGCAGAAUUUCUUUUCGGGUGCACGGGGCGAGGAUAUAGAGAUGGGGGCUACUAGGACUUCUGUAAAUGCCAAUGACAGUGAUGAUGGAGGGGGGUUAACCGGGGAUGGAAUUGCAAAGACGGUGGAUAUUAGUGUUACUUGGGAGGAGGGACAUCGCAGAGACCGUGUUCCCUAG